GAUGACUCUUCUGAAAGGGAAAACCAUGAAAAAGAGGAAGAAGAAUAUUGGCAACUUUGUGUAGCUGCACAUACUUGCGGUGUUAGUGUUUAUCAGUCAAUAUAUGGUGAAAAAAUACCGUGCAUGACCUCAUCAUUUACUGGAAAUGCAUGGUUGAGAGAGUUGAUGGAUAUAGAUGCUAAUCCAGAAAGGUUUUAUCAAAUGUUUAGAAUGGAUAGAAUUGUGUUUAAUAAUUUAAUGAAUGAUUUAGUGACACGAUAUGGUUUGAAAGGAACUAGAAAUAUUGAUGUUGUAGAAAUGUUAGGAUUAUUUCUUCAUAUUUUAGGACAUAAUAUAGGUAAUAGGUUAGCACAAGAGCGCUUUCAGCAUUCUGGGAAACCAUAUCCAGGCUAUUUAGCUUAGUUUUGGAUAAAGUAUGUGAAUGGGAGCAAACUUGAUCCAACCAUCCGAUCGACAAUUCAAGGAAGUUCCAAAGAAGAUCAGGAAUAAUACAAGAUUUUUUCCACAAUUUAAGGAUUGUAUUGGAGCUAUAGAUGGUACUCAUAUUCCAGCGGUGGUACCUACAAGUGAGCAGCUUCGUUUUAUUGGUCGAAAAGGAACACCGACGCAAAAUGUGAUGGCAAUGUGUAAUUUUAACAUGGAAUUUACUUACAUGUGGGCCGGUUGGGAGGGAACAGCUCAUGACACUCGUAUCUUUUAUGAAGCUAUCAGGAGACAUGAUUUACAAUUUCCUCAUCCUCCAAAAGGUAAAUAUUAUUUGGUCGAUGCUGGAUAUCCAAAUCCCACAGAUUAUUUGGGGCCAUAUAAAGAAGUUAGAUAUCAUUUACCUGAGUUUCAACAAGGUCCUCAACCGACAGGUUAUAAAGAAGUGUUCAAUCGUGCUCACUCCUCACUACGAUCAGAAAUUGAGCGAGCUUUUGGCGUAUUGAAGAAGAAGUGGAAAAUUUUAAAGGGCAUGCCAAGUUAUCCAUAUACAAAGCAAGUGAAAAUUGUGAUAGCAACGAUGACUUUGCACAAUUAUAUACGAAGAAAUGCCUUGAAUGAUACACAUUUUGCUAUAGUAGAUUUGGAUCCCAAUUUAUAUACAAUUGAUCCUGAUAAUGUAAAUGGGGAGGGUAAUGCUUCAAAUGAUGAUGUAGCAUCUGAUAUGGCAUGUUUACGUGAUCAAAUAGCUAUGCAUUUAUGAAGUAAUU